AAUGGGUAGCCAAGCACGCACCGCUUUAGGGAUGAGGGUUCUUCAAAAAGUGAUUGGAGCACAGAGUGGCGUAUUUACCCGGCUGCCAACCCUCUCGCUUCACACGCACAAUCCACUCUCUCCGCCUCUUCUCCUCUCUCGGAAAAAGAUUCUACGAUGGACGUGGAAAACCUGCUUACCAAAAUGUGCCUCUGUGAAAGAAUUGCCCAGGGUGCCAUUAAUUCUCCUUCACCGACCACUCUGUUCAUCACAGCUGGAUCCACCCAUCUCCACUCCUGCUCAGACUGUCCAGCAUGGCAGGAGAGAGCUAGCCAUCCAGUCUUUGGCUGAAAUGGGUUUCUCAGAGAACCAGGCUGAGAUGGUGUAUGAAGCGGCUACUAAACACCGCUGCAAGUAUGACAUGCCAGCGCUGGCUGUGCUCUUUAGCCUCGGUUUAAACCCAGGCAGUGUGCUGAAGAUCCUGGAGAAAUGUCCUGAGCUUUAUUCUCUUAAAGAAGCUCAAUUACAGCAGCGGGUUAUGAAUUUAAGGAAGCUCGGCCUGCUUGAAGGGAGUUUGCAGAGGGUGAUAAGUCACUACCCUCGGAUCCUGUCGUUUCCAGUGAAGAGGGUGAGCACUGUGUCUCGGCUGCUUAGAGAGAAGUGCCAUUUCAGCGCUCAGCAGAUGGCAGACAUCUUUCGAGACUCGCCGCAUGUAGUGGAGGAAGAGCCUGCACGUCUGGAGUACAUGUUUCAGUAUGUAUAUUUCCGUAUGGGCUGUCACCAGGCCGAGAUGGUGAAGGCGAAGCUCUUCAGACUCUCCCUGGAGGAGCUACGGUGUCGUCACAGCUUCCUGGAGCGCCGUGGACUUUACCAAACCCCUGACAAGAAGGGCCAGACGCUUGUACUCAACCCUCGCCUCAAGGACUUUCUCAGCGUCUCGGAGGAAAUUUAUCUCACCGAUAUCGCCAAUGCCACACAGGAAGAGUUUCGUGUGUUCCAGAAACUUGUGGCAAGAGAGCAGGAGGAAGAAAAGCAAGGUGAAGAGUACAGCGAUGGUGACGAUGAUGAUACAGAGAGAGACAUUUCUUUCAACUCUAGCUCCAAGAAGAAAGCAAAUCAGAGAGCUAAGAUGCCAGAAAGACACUGAUCUUGAAUGUAGCUUCAAUUUUCUGUUUCUGUUGUAGUAUGCCAUUUGGAUAUCAAAAUAAAUGUUUGUCUUCUUGCAUUUUA